AUGGAAGCAGAGGGGAUAGGCGACACCAGUUCAGGGAAAGUCUCGACUACAGAGCACGUGGACAUGUCUACAAGUGCAGCGCUUUUUGAUCUGUCGAGCUAUACGGGGGGAGCACCAUUGAUCCCUACAAGAGAGAGCAGUACAGGGGCUGGAGAUCCCUCUACAACCGACGAGAUGUUUGACCAGGACGUGGGAAGUACACAACACCUUGUGGGCAAGAGAUUGGAUGGAGAUGAGAAGAAAAUGGGGAGACCAAGUCAUCCAGCAUGGCAAUACUUUAUCCGAGGUGAGAAGCGGAAUCGUUUUCAUCAUAAUGCUUACUGCAGACUUUGUAGUGAGAAUGGCGUGGAUCCUGUUGUGGUGAGAGGUGUGUCAGGGAACAUGAUCCGGCACUUGCAAAAAUGUAUUUACUGUCCUACUGAGGUAGUGACCCAGUUGAAGCUUCUCUGUGCACAAAAAGAUGCAGCAAAUUUCAAUAAGAGACACCAGUCACAUAAUCGUAGCGUCGAUAUGUUAAUGCAGGAGACGUCUCCAGCUCCAAAGAAAAAAUUACGACGAUGUGGAGACCAAGGAGAUGGCGCCAUUGUACCGAGAAUAGGUGCUGAGAUCAAGGCCAACAAUGCACAGGACGCGUCUGGCGUGGAAGAUUUCAUGCCACUUCAACUUUCGUCAUUGUCUUCUGAGAUGAAUUCAGGACUUUCUAGCAGCGUCUCGUCAUCUAAGCUGCUAGACUAUGAGCAAAACCUCUCCCCGUCCAAGAAAUCAGAUGUGUUGGACAAGCCUGGAUCCUGUGAUACUACUAAGAAGCACGGCGAACCGUGUGCCCCAAAAUUAUACAGACCAACUGUACUUCGUGCGACGCAAUCUGUAAACAAUGCUAACGAUUCAGAUGCUUUGACUCGAUUGGUAAUGUCAGCUACGCUGUCAACGGGUCUGCCUUGGGAUUGGGUGUGGACGGAACAAUCAGCUUUGCUCUUUGGAAACGUGCAUUCAACGAUUGCGCUACCAAGUACCGAGUUGCUUGAGUCAAUGGGAGCCGUUUCUCAUGAAAAACAGAUUUUGAAGAUGAAAGAUGAGCAAGUUGGAAUUACGCUGGCUGUAAAUUGGUGGGUCUCCAAGUACCCUCGAUCUAGUUUUGUUCUGAUUUCUCUCGUAAAUUCUCUUGGUGAAGCGACGACUUGGGAGUUGUUUGACAUUGGAAUCGAGGACAACACACUGGAAGCUUUUGCGGAACGAAUUAAGAGCAGCUUGACUGGUUUACGAAGAAAAGGUAUUCACGUGAUUAACAUUGUUGCCGACACUGCUCUGGCAUACGCAGCCUCUCGACUUGCUGUCAAUUCGAGCGAGUGGACAAGUUUAUCGAUACCAGUGCUGCCAUGCUUUUCACAUUUGCUCCAGGUGCUACUUGGAGUCGUCAUGACUGAGUCGGACAAAUCAGUGGAAACGGUUGGUGAAGUGAUCGAAAUUAUACGAAGCUUUUCAAACCCUCGUGUGCUAAAGAUGUUGCGGCGUGAAUGUGAGGAUCCAGAUGCGAUGUUGCAUGCACCGACACGGCUGAACUGGUAUUCAUUUAUUGAAGCUGUCGAUUCCGUACGGCAGUAUGAAGAUAUGAUGAAAAUCAUUGCGUCUAAGGUUGUUAGAGCUUCGUCAGACUCUAUAGAUUCGUCAGGCCGAUCGCUGCACAGAUCAAUAACCGAUAAUCCACGCAAAGAUAGCGCGGGUAAUACUGUUGAUGAGCUGGUGGAGUGUGGCCUUUCAAACUGUGUAAUACAGACAGUCCAAAAUUCUGAAUUUUGGGGAAACGUAAUGGCAUUGAGCGAGCUAAUGGCACCGCUGAAGGAGACAUACAAAAUGAUGAGCAGUACUUUCACGGCAUCGUUUUCGUUGUCCGACAUUUUCUACCAAUUUGGGAGAAUGCAGCAGCAAUAUGGGGUUAUCUUAGCUGACCGAGAAGACACUGCUGGUGGAGGGCGAUCUGUUGAGCAAGUGCGCUUUUUGUUGCAGAAAGUAAAUGAUAUGUGGAAGUUGUAUGAUCAACAACUCAUGGUUUUGGGAUAUACAUUUAACUACAAUCUUCAGCACCCAUUUCUUGCGCGUUACCAGCCAUCGCUUCAAUGGCUUUCGAUUGGAAAGUAUGCGAAGCAAUAUUUUCGGGAAUGGGUUUGUGCUGCAUCGUUAACUCGGAAUCCUUCGCGUUUGCUGGCAUUGAGUGAUGAAGCUAUUGCACAGUUUAUGGAGGACAUCUUGGCAUUUAAAGAACGUAAGUAUCCGUUUAACUCCGAGUCCAUGUGUGACUUUGAUAACCCCAAGCUUUUCUACAUGCUGGUGUCCGACUCGAAUCCAUUGAUGCACAUGUUUGGGUCUCGGCUGUUUAGCUUUAUGACUAGUACGCCACCUCUAAGUGAUGUGAUUCCUGGAAAAUGCUUUAUCCCUUCUGCAUCUUCGACGACGUGUCCGCAGCAAAUUCUGCUGCCGCUACUGCGAUUGAAGUUAUUCGCUCGAACGGCAAUGCGACCGUCUAAGGAUAUACUCGGAUUCAUUCAAAGCAACAGACCGAAGGAUCAUAUGACAAAUAUUGCCACUAGCGGUGAUAUGUCAGAGACGAUAUCAGUAACCGAUACAUCACCUUCGCCGUUCCCUUCGAGUUUUAGUACAGGUGGACGAGCGAAAGGGGGUGAAGCCGACGACAUAUUCAAUAGAAUAUGGAGUAAGAAUGAAUGGACGGUGAUGGCCAAAGAUUGGAAAGCGCAUUGGGAGACAGAGACCGAUACCAGCAGCCAAACCCCAGGAGCCUUUAACGCUUUCACAUUGGACUUGACCCUUGAUCAGAUAUUUAAGGAAAAGUUGCCUUCCCGACUUCCUCACGAUCGAGAAGAUGCUGUCGUAGACGUGUAA